UAUGUGAACCUCGAACGUUAUCUUUUUCUGUUUGAGGCGGAACAUGAAGUGAAACACAGUACAGAAGAACGUUAAUUAUCCAACCGAGGCAAGACAAAGGGCUAUUUUUAAGCUUCUAGGCUCUGUCACUUCCUUCUUCAGGCCCAGUCUUCACGUUCGAAUGUUUCUCUUCCCAAAAAGAGACUGUGGUGGUGGUACCUUUUAGUUUGUACUAAUCAACAGAGAAAACUCAUUAAUGGAGAAACUGAAAGUGUCUGCUAAGAAUGAUCCUGCUGCCAGCAGUGAUCAGGCAGACUCAUUUCCAAUAUUCAAAAUGCGAGACAGUCAGAAUGUUGGACUGCAGAACAGUAGAAGAGUGGAAGAUGAUGCAAAAGCUGUAAGAUUGGAUGGAGGUUCUGUAAUUGUUCCCUCUAAUUCUGCAAACAGUAAGGAACCUAUCAACAAGUGGAUGGCAUUUGCAAAGAAGCCUGGUUUCACAGUUGAUGGCAACUCAGCAACAAAGGAUAAAAGUACAAGCGAAGAUAAUUACUCGAGGAAUCAUCUAAACGAGAAGUCGUCUUCUAUUGUAACCGAAGCAAACAUAGCUGAGAGAACUGCUGAAUGGGGUCUUGUGGUGAACUCGGGGAAUUUCAAAGCAUUAGGGGGAGAGAAUACAAGUGGCUCUUUUGAUGGUGACAGAAGCAGAAACUUGUCAGAUAGAUUUGUUGAACCGACACGGACGUCAGGGGAGUCAAACUACGGAUCUGAGUCAUCAUCAGGGGUGUUUCCAAGGGUGUCGCAAGAGUUGAAGGAAGCAUUGGCGACGCUGCAACAGACAUUUGUUGUCUCAGAUGCAACCAAACCAGAUUGCCCAAUCAUGUAUGCCAGCAGUGGCUUUUUUACUAUGACAGGCUAUUCUUCAAAGGAGAUUAUUGGAAGGAACUGUCGAUUUCUUCAGGGGCCUGAGACCGACAAGAAUGAAGUGGCCAAAAUUCGGGAUGCAACUAGAAAUGGAAGAAGUUAUUGUGGCAGACUUUUAAACUACAAGAAAGAUGGAACUCCAUUCUGGAAUCUUCUCACUAUCACCCCCAUCAAAGAUGACCAUGGCAAUACUAUCAAAUUCAUUGGAAUGCAGGUUGAAGUGAGCAAGUAUACAGAAGGCGUGAAUGAAAAGGCAUUACGACCAAAUGGAUUACCUAAGUCAUUAAUUCGUUAUGAUGCUCGUCAAAAGGAGAAAGCUUUGGGUUCUAUCACUGAGGUUGUCCAAACCGUUAAAGACCCAAAAUCAAUUAUUAAUGAUAGGAAUGGUGAUACUGCUGCCAAGCCUGAAGAACAAGAGAAGUUCAAUUUUGAUUUUGUUUUGCCAAAGUCUGCUGAUAUUGGGAAUACAAACACACCUGGUAGACAAGCUUCUCCACUUUACAUCCAACGCAUGAGUUCUAGUCAGGAUAAGAGCAGGACAUCACAAUCAGGACGGAUUUCUUUCAAGGGUUUAAAAGGGAGAUCUCUGAGUUCUGCAGAGGAGAAGUCCAUAGUUGAACCUGAGGUUUUGAUGACCAAGGAAAUAGAGUGGUCUAACAAUUUGGAGCAUUCACUAAGAGAGAGGGACAUAAGGCAGGGAAUUGAUCUAGCAACCACAUUGGAGAGGAUAGAAAAGAACUUUGUGAUUUCUGAUCCUAGACUUCCUGAUAACCCAAUUAUAUUUGCAUCUGAUAGCUUUCUUGAACUUACGGAAUAUACACGAGAAGAAAUUUUGGGACGAAAUUGUCGGUUUCUUCAAGGACCAGAAACAGAUCAGGCAACUGUUUCCAGGAUAAGAGAUGCUAUCAGAGAACAAAGGGAAAUCACUGUACAGUUGAUAAACUAUACUAAGAGUGGAAAAAAGUUCUGGAAUUUGUUUCACUUGCAACCUAUGCGUGACCAAAAGGGUGAACUUCAAUACUUCAUUGGUGUUCAACUAGAUGGAAGUGAUCAUGUAGAACCCUUAAAAAACCGCCUGUCUGAGACAACUGAGCAACAAAGUGCUAAGUUGGUGAAAGCCACAGCAGAAAAUGUUGAUGAAGCUGUCCGAGAACUUCCGGAUGCCAACUUGAGACCAGAAGAUUUGUGGGCAAUUCAUUCCCAACCCGUCUUUCCACGACCUCACAAGAAGGAAAAUCCUUCUUGGAUAGCGAUACAAAAGGUAGCUGCAAGAGGUGAAAAAAUUGGCCUGCAACAUUUUGUGCCCAUAAGGCCGUUGGGUUGUGGAGACACUGGCAGUGUUCAUUUGGUGGAACUCAAAGGUACUGGUGAACUAUAUGCAAUGAAGGCAAUGGAAAAGUCUGUGAUGCUAAAUCGUAAUAAGGUUCACCGCUCAUGCAUUGAGAGAGAGAUUAUAUCAUUAUUGGAUCAUCCUUUUCUUCCAACACUAUACACCUCAUUUCAGACUCCUACACAUGUAUGUUUGAUUACUGACUUCUUUCCUGGAGGAGAGUUGUUUGCAUUGCUUGACAAGCAACCAAUGAAGAUUUUCAAAGAAGAAUCAGCGAGAUUCUAUGCGGCAGAGGUUGUCAUUGGUUUGGAAUAUCUCCACUGUUUAGGUAUAAUUUACCGUGACUUAAAGCCUGAAAAUAUCUUACUUCAGAAGGAUGGUCAUGUUGUAUUAGCUGAUUUUGAUCUAUCAUAUAUGACAUCUUGUAAACCACAGGUUGUGAAGCAAGCGAUACCUGGUAAAAGAAGAUCACGAAGUGAACCACCACCAACAUUUGUUGCAGAGCCAGUUACACAAUCAAACUCAUUCGUUGGAACUGAAGAAUACAUUGCUCCAGAAAUUAUAACUGGAGCUGGGCAUACUAGCGGUAUAGAUUGGUGGACCCUUGGUAUCUUGUUGUAUGAGAUGCUCUAUGGUCGUACACCAUUCAGAGGAAAGAAUAGACAGAAGACAUUUUCCAACAUCUUACACAAGGAUCUUACCUUUCCAAGCAGCAUCCCGGCUAGUCUUGCAGCCAGGCAGUUGAUUAAUGCACUACUCCAAAGAGACCCAACAAGUCGUAUAGGUUCAACCACUGGUGCCAAUGAAAUCAAGCAACAUCCUUUUUUCCGUGGAAUCAAUUGGCCUCUUAUCCGCAACAUGACUCCACCCCCAUUAGAUGUUCCUCUUAAAUUGAUAGGAAACGAUCCCGUGGCAAAGGAUAUAAAGUGGGAAGAUGAUGGAGUGCUAGUUAGCUCUAUUGAUAUGGAUAUUUUUUGACGGUUUGCACUGUUCACUCAGGAUCUUUGGUCAGCAUCUUAUCUGAUUUCAUGCUGCAACGAUCACGGGGUCUAAGUCAUUCAAGUGUAAUAGUGUCUGUUGAUUUGGUUAUGGUCCAAUACUACCAUCAUGUGAUCUGCCAAUAGACAACUUCAAACAAAUUCUAAGUUAUGUAGGAUUAGCAGAAAAGUAGAAUGUACAUUGAAUAAAGUCAUUUUCCGAUAGAAACAAGCAUCCUAGUUAUAUGCUCAUCGACGAUACAUCAAUAAUACACUUUUGUAUAUGGCUUAUUAAAAUAUCAUACAUAUUACUAGUUAUUUUGAUUA